AUGGGCGUGAGUUAUUGCUGGGACGACUGUGGUGGGCGUUGUGAGGGCAUGGGCAUUGGUGAGUGGAUUGCAGCUGUGGGAUGUGGCGUUGGAUGGAAGGAGCGGUGCGUAGCCAUCAAGCAGGUGUCGAGAGUUUGGAUAAUGGUGGGUGUGCGGCAGGGUAGGGCUCUGUGCUUACGCGUCGAUGGUGCGUCCUGUUUGUGUGGCAUUGCUGGAAUUGAGCAGACUGUGCGUGAUUGCGGGGACGCUUGUGGAGGGCACUAUGAGGACAUGGGCAUUGGUGAGUGGACUCCAGCGGGGGGGUGUAGCGUUGGAUGGAAGGAGCGCUCCGGUGACAGCGUUCUGAUAGCGCCCGCCUGCAACGCACAAGCAUUGGUUGGGCAUUGUAUUGAGGUAUUGGUUGAUGUGUGGAAGGGGCAUACCUGGUUACCUUUGCAUGUUGUUUCGGACGUGAGUAUUGCUGAGACGAUUGUGGAGAGCGUUGUGAAGUUGAGGGCAUGA